CGAAUGCCAUCAACUUUGUAUCGCUCAGCAGAGCCGCCAUCUUGACUUACACCGACCGAGUGCCGUGUCUCAGCCCCACUUUUGUUAGAUCGGCCGCUGAUAACGCCAUUUCGGUCCCAAAUUUGAAAGAGGUUGUGAGAGAUGAUUGAACAGAAUCAACAAGCCCAGACGCCUCCAGGGCUCAACUCAAAUCAGUGCAGGAAAAGCUGACAGGGGGGUACAUGUUAUCUGGAAUGGAAAGAAGGAUGUGGUCGCACAAAAGGAUGAGAAGAGGGAGCUGAAAGAUAACAGAACGAUAGAGAGUGUUGGGGUGAUGGGGAUAGGGAACAACACUGAUAUGAGUUUGUUAGUUGCUAUCUAUCCGGAACUUCGAUUGGUCAACAAUCAAAAAUCGAGGUUGUACGGAGUAGUGAAAGACCCUCUUUCCCUGUCAUUCCCCCGCCAUUUGGCCAGACAAUUGGGACUUGGGACUUGGAUUGUUGGCUUGGCUUGGGUGUUAGUAUGUAAAAAAACGGGAAUUUCUGGCACGAGUCGGCUCAGCUUAAACGGAAAGGAGGGGGCCCUCCCCGACGACCCGAACCAUCUUUCUCUCAAGGUUGGCCAAACGUCACACUCGAUUGGGUCUCUUAACUUACACUCUUCACACCAACAAGACACUCGUUACCUUUACGUACUGUACUGUACAAUCAGCCAACUCGAAUCCUCUCGACAACCUUCGGAGACAAAACCACAAAUCACAUCCUGUCUCGCCUCCUUCCGCAAUCCAAUUAGCGCGCUCUGGAGCCAAGCACAAUCGGCAUAGGUAGUCUUGUCUUGUCUUGUCGUACCGCCUCUUGACCGGGGGUCUAAGCUCGUGCUGCCGUUGGUACAUAGCACGCCAUCCACCAGUCACUUUGCCUCAGAUCCCUUCUGCCACUCUUCCCCGGAUCAAGGCCAGCGAGUUACGAUAUCUCACCUUCUUAUCGCGCGACUCCAAUUUCCCACCCCCAGGCCCUUGCUUGCUUGUGUUUUACACUCUGGUACUUACAUACAUACUCCUGUGCCUCUGAGUCUGCGCCUGCGCCAUGGAAAGCCCCUCGCUCGUCAACGGCCAUCGGCCCUCCUCCGAUUCAUCUGUCGCAACCCCCGGUGCUUCAACUCUUCUUGGUUCUUCUAUACCUACCUCAUCUUCUGCUUCGCAUCCUACUCCAGAUACAAUAAGCAAUCAUACAAGUCGCCAUGCUUCUGCGCCGUCCACAGAACUUGACUCAUCCUCACCCCUUCCUCCUACAAACGGCCACUCUUUGAAAGUCUCCGACAUCGACUCCGAACACCUCGACGACAACUCUUCCCAACAACCCUCUAAAAACAAUUGCGACAGACACCGAUCCGAUCAAGAAAUCAACCCACGUCUCGUCAAGAUGCCUUCCGAAUUGGUCGGCAAGACCGUCAGCCCGUUCCUCAAGGAACAUAUUCCUGGCCUCUAUGCACCCUUUGGCAAGGCAAAGACAGCCAUGCCUCUAUCUCCCAGUCCCAACAACACCACUGCGAUUCGAAAGAGAGAUCCCAACAGCAAGUUUUGCUAUCGUCACCGACCCGACUCGAAAUGUCGACGCGCCGCCGACGAGACCAAGAUGGGUUUCAUCCAAACCGAACUCAACAGCCUUUCAUCCGCAGACCAAGAAGCCAUCACUCACGUAUGGUCUCUCUUUUCUGCUGCCCCAUCAAAACAUCGUGAGUUGAUGCUACAGGGCAUCAUCACACAAUGCUGCUUCCCUCAACUCUCUACUGUAUCACGCGAGGUACAAGAACAACUAAAGAUCGACUUCCUCGCCGCUCUUCCUACCGAACUCUCCUACAAGAUCCUAUCAUUUCUCGACACAGUUUCUCUCUGCAAGGCCGCUCAAGUCAGCCGCAGAUGGAGAAACCUCGCCGACGACGACGUGGUAUGGCACCGCAUGUGCGAGCAACACAUUGAUCGCAAAUGCACCAAGUGUGGUUGGGGUCUGCCUCUUCUCGAGAAGAAAAAAUUGAUGGCGUGGAGCCGCCAUCAACAAGUUCACCGACAACCGAAUGCCGCCGACGUGGUAGAGAUUGUCGACGAGGCUGAGACACAAUCGAGUGAUUCACGAAAACGACAAGCCGAAGACGAACACCAUCAUGAUGAUCGAGUUGCCAAACGCUCUCGUGUGAGCAACGGAGAAAAGUCAAGACAACAGCUCGAACAAGAACGCAAGUUUCGACCAUGGAAAGACGUCUAUCGCGACCGUUUCAAGGUGGGGUACAACUGGAAGACUGGUCGCUGCUCUAUCAAGACCUUCAAAGGCCACGAGAAUGGCGUUACUUGUCUCCAGUUUGACGACAACAUCCUUGCGACAGGUUCCUAUGAUACGACCAUCAAGAUUUGGAACAUCGAGACUGGAGAAGUUAUGCGCACGCUUCGGGGACACACUUCGGCAGUUCGCACUCUUCAGUUUGACGACUCCAAGUUGAUCAGUGGCAGCUUUGACAAGACCAUCAAGAUUUGGAACUGGCAAACAGGAGAGUGUUUGAACACACUCCAAUGCCAUACCGAGGGUGUGUUGUCAGUCCACUACGACGGUUGUACUCUGGCAUCUGGCUCCAUCGACAAGACCGUCAAGGUGUUCAGCUUUGAUACCAAGCAGACAUUCUGUCUUCGAGGUCAUACUGACUGGGUCAACCACGUGCGAAUUGACUCGCCCUCACGUGUCAUCUUUUCGGCCUCGGAUGAUCUCUCGGUCAAGCUUUGGGACAUCGACUCAAAGCAGUGUAUUAAGACAUUCCUUGGCCAUGUUGGCCAGGUCCAGCAAGUUCUCCUGAUGCCUGCCGACUUUGAGCCUGAUGAGGUGCCUCAACUGGAUAACACAGAUACUGCAUCCGUAUCCAGUGGCAGAAGUAACAGCCCCCCUGCAGCGGCUGCCGAGCAGCCUGUCGAUGCUCGGGCGGCUUAUGGCUCGGGUUUCACAUCCGACCCCGACCGUCCGCUACCCCCACGCUACAUGCUCACUGGUGGACUGGACAACACGGUCCGCUUGUGGGACACUACCACUGGCAAGUGCAUCCGCAGCAUGUUUGGUCAUGUUGAGGGCAUCUGGGGCCUUGUUGGUGACACUCUUCGUGUGGUCACAGGGGCUAAUGACUCCAUGACCAAGAUCUGGGAACCUCGCUCUGGAAAGUGUGAGCGGAGCUUCACUGGCCAUGCCGGCCCAGUCACCUGUGUUGGUCUGAGUGACAGCCGCAUGGCAAGUGGCAGUGAAGAUGGCGAGGUGCGGUUGUACAGCUUUGAGGGAGAACGUGUCGAAGAGCGCGGCACUCCUUCUUAAGCACCAUCUACAACGAGACUUCGUCACUAAAUGACUGCCUUUGUGAAAUAUUCAUGACAUUCCAAGAUACCAAACAGCGUCUUACGCGAAAAGCCACAUGUUGGCUCAACUCGUUUUCUAUCUUCUUUUUUCUGACCAAGUCUGGUCUUCAACAAUAUCAAAGGGCAGCGGGAGUAUUUACAACGCGACGGGCAGUCGCUUUUUACGGGAAUUGGGGUGCAUUUAUAGGGUUUUGGGGGGAAACGGAUAAGUCCUCAGGUUACUGUACUGAGUCAACGGUCAAAAGUCCCUGGGAGUUCUAGGUUUGGGAUUGGUAUAACACGGCGCUUGAAUGGCGAAUUCUUUCACAAGAAGUAUGAUGAAGGCAUCAACAAUGAGUUUGGCAGGGGAUGAGUUAUAUAGGCUAGUGAUGAGCUUAACCUCCAGACUAGAAUGAAGUGGAAAAUCAUUGAUCAAAGUCUGUCUUCUUGUAAAGUGACUUAGUGAGAUUGGUCUCCUUGUGGUAAAGUAGUUUGCUGGAGCUCUAAUGGCUUAUGCUGCCUCAUCACCAUCAACCCCUGGUUUCUGAUUCACGUAUACAAAACCACUAAAUAUCUAACUGCAUCUUUGCAAUUAAUAACAUUGAGCGCAGUAUUAUACAAUUCUCAUAAUUUCACUU